ACUUCUAUAGCAUCUGUUGCUACGAGCUUGGAUUGAAAUAUGGAAUUUGAUACAUGACCAUUGGGCUUUGGACAGCCCAAUUGACAGUUCUAAUCAAUCUCUUCGCUUUGUUGUCUGAAAUCAAGGCUUUGGCUAAGCUUCUUCCAAUACCUCUAAGAAUGGAGGCAACUGAUAUUUGGGGAGAAAUUGAACGUUCUGAGAGUUACCUAGUGUGCUCUAUCUAUGAAGAGGCAGAGUCAUUAUCCUCUUCUAUACUUAAAAGAAUAUUUGGAAACAUUGAUGUUUUAUCUGAGGAAGCUAUUGGUGAUCAUCAAUUGCGUGAUAUGUUGGAAUCUGCUGGUAUGGUUUUAGUCCAAUCCUUGCAUGGAAUCGGCAGGACAGUUGAGAUUGUAAAUGAGUUAAGAGAUGUGUUUGGUGAAGUUGCAGCUAUUCCUGUUCAAGUUCUUCUCACUGGAAUAUGCCUUCAAAUAUCAAGUGGUUCCUACUCGGGUGUACGUGAGAUUCUGAAAGAGUUCUUUAGCAUAUGGGUUUACAAGGACAACCACUAUAUCCUAAAUGAUGCUGGAGUAAGUGCAAAAGGAUUCCAUGAGAAAAACUGUUUAGAUAUUGAUGAGUACAUGGAAGUUGUGGAGCUGUAUACCUUUGGAGUUCUUGCAAAAGUUUCAAACGACAUGGGCCUAGCCAUUUCAUGGGUUGAGAAAGCUGCGUUACCUGAGGAAAGACGACAGGGGAUUUUGAGAAGAUUGCAUUUGUUACUUUCUCUCAAAACAGCAAACGUUCCAGACGCUAGUUCUUUUGAGGAAAAUCCUAAGGAUUCUUCUUAUGCUGUAGUGAAUAACAAGAAGUCGUUGGCUAAUGAAAAGAAUGAUGAGAUUGAUUAUGUCCUGAAACUCUCUAAACAACAUGAACCUUGGUCACUUUGGUCAUCCCAUGCUCUAAGCCUCAAGGUUGGUAAUACCCAAUUUAGCAUGUCCAGGGGAAAGUUUGCCAUAAGCCUUGUUGGAUUAAUCAUAUGUUAUGCCUUGAAGAGAAAACGAGCUGCUUUGAUACGGAUCAUUCGCAGGCAAAUGGAGUCCACGAGAAAAGCAAUAGUAGAUUUCUGGAAGCUUGCAUUUUCAUACCAAGUGAAUCCUCUUGCAGCAAUUCAAUCCAUACCAAGCACCACAACAUGAGACAAUUGGUGUACAAUUCCCACCGUCUAGAAGAUGGAUCAGAUACCUUAUUUUGCAUUGAAAUAAAGCUGCACCCUUUUUAGGUUUCGGCUCAGGCUUUAUCACACCUAUAUUUAGCCACUGAAAGUGUGUUGUAUAAAUUAGAUUCAUAUUC